AUGAGGGUGCUUCUUCUAGCUCUUGCUGUGGCUCUUGCAGCAAAUUCCUAUCAGUCAUUAUAUUUCAAUAUUAUUCCAGCCCCAGAAUUUGCUCUUGGAAAGACCUACGUGUACAAAUAUGAAGCAGUUCUUAUGGGUGGCUUGCCAGAGGAAGGACUGGCAAGGGCCGGACUAAAAGUCCGGAGCAAAGUUUUGAUCCAUGCUGCCGCUGCCGACAUCUUCAUGCUGAAGCUUGUAGACCCUGAAAUCUUUGAGUACAGUGGAAUUUGGCCCAAAGAUGCUUUCAUCCCGGCCACCAAGCUCACCUCAGCCCUGGCUGCUCAGCUCUUGACACCCAUCAAGUUUGAGUAUGCUAACGGUGUUGUCGGCAAAGUGUUUGCCCCGGCUGGUAUCUCUGCAACUGUGCUGAAUAUCCUGAGGGGAGUCCUUAACAUCUUACAGCUGAACAUCAAGAAGACCCAGAACGUGUACGAGCUGCAGGAGCCUGGUGCUCAGGGUGUGUGCAAAACCCACUACGUCAUCAGUGAGGAUGCAAAGGCUCAACGCAUUCUUCUCAGCAAGACCAAGGACCUGAACAAUUGUCAGGAGAGAAUCAUUAAGGACAUUGGCCUGGCUUACACCGAGAAAUGCGUGGAGUGUGAGGCUAGAGGAAAGACCCUGAAGGGAGCCGCUGCAUUUAACUAUGUCUUGAAGCCAGCAGCCACCGGUGCUCUGAUCCUGGAGGCAACCACUACAGAGCUCAUUCAGUUCUCUCCUUUCAACAUCUUGAAUGGUGCUGCCCAAAUGGAAGCUAAGCAAGUCCUGAGCUUUGUGGAGAUUGAGAAGAUUCCAGUGGAGCCCAUCAAAGCUGAAUAUCUUCACCGUGGAUCCCUGCAGUACGAGUUUGGCAGCGAGCUUCUCCAGACACCCAUCCAGCUUCUGAGGAUCAGCAAUGCCGAGGCUCAGAUUGUUGAGACUCUGAACCACCUGGUGACCUACAAUGUGGCCAAGGUCCAUGAAGAUGCCCCUCUGAAGUUUAUUGAGCUCAUCCAGCUGUUGCGUGUGGCCAGAUUUGAGAGUAUUGAGGCUCUCUGGACUCGGUUCAAAGCUAGACCCGAUCACAGGCACUGGAUGCUGAAUGCCGUCCCCGCCAUUGGAACUCACACUGCUCUGAGGUUCAUCAAGGAGAAGUUCCUGAUUGGUGAGCUGACUAUUGCUGAAGUUGCUCAAGCUCUGCUGGCAUCUGUGCACAUGGUGACAGCUGACCUGGAAGCCAUUAAGCUUAUUGAGGGCCUGGCUAUGAACCGCCUCAUCCAAGAAAACCCAGUCCUGCGCGAGAUCGUCUUGCUGGGCUACGGCACUAUGGUUGCCAAAUACUGUGCACAGAAUCCAAUUUGCCCUGCUGAGCUUGUGAGGCCCAUUCAUGAACUUGCUGUCGAGGCUCUUGCCAAAGGUAAAGUUGAGGAGCUUAUCGUCCUUCUGAAAGUUCUGGGUAAUGCUGGACAUCCUGCCAGCCUUAAACCAAUUUUGAAGCUCCUGCCUGGCUUUGGAAGUGCUGCUACUAAUCUGCCACUCAGAGUUCACAUUGAUGCUGUUUUGGCUUUGAGGAACAUUGCAAAGAAAGAGCCCAAGAUGAUCCAAGAUAUUGCCAUUCAGCUGUUCAUGAGCAAGGCUCUGCACCCAGAGCUCCGUAUGGUUUCUGCUAUUGUGCUGUUUGAGACAAAGCUGCCCAUGGGUCUGGUGACCACUCUUGCUGAUGCCCUCUUGAAAGAAAAAAACCUGCAAGUCGUUAGCUUUGUCUACUCUUACAUGAAGGCCAUGACCAAGAACACUGCUCCCGACUUCGCUUCUGUUGCUGCGGCUUGCAAUGUUGCUGUGAAGAUCCUCAGCCCUAAAUUCGACAGACUGAGCUAUCGCUUCAGCAAAGCUCUCUAUGUGGAUGCCUAUCACAACCCCUGGAUGAUGGGUGCUGCCGCCUCUGCCUUCUAUGUUAACGAUGCUGCAACACUUCUGCCAAGAGCCAUCGUGGCCAAAGCUCGCACCUACCUUGCUGGAGCAUACGCUGAUGUUCUUGAGGUUGGAGUGAGAGCUGAAGGAGUCCAGGAAGCCCUUCUGAAAAUCAAGGAGGCUCCUGAAAAUGCUGACAGAAUCACCAAGAUGAAACAAGUUAUAAAGGCUCUUUCUGAGUGGAGGGCUCAUCCUUCCAGCCAGCCCCUGGGCUCUCUGUAUGUGAAAUUCUUUGGACAGGAAAUUGCAUUUGCCAACAUCGACAAAGCUAUUGUUGAUCAGAUCAUUGAGCUGGCCACUGGACCUGCACUUCACAGUUAUGGCAGGAAGGCUUUGGAUACCCUGCUGUCCGGCAUUGCUCUGCAUUAUGCUAAACCAAUGCUGGUUGCAGAGGUCCGUCGUAUCAUUCCCACCGCUGUUGGUCUGCCAAUGGAGCUGAGUUUCUACACAGCUGCUGUGGCUGCUGCAUCUGUUGAGUUCCAAGCUACUGUGACACCACCUCUGCCUGCGAACUUCCAUCCUGCUCAGCUUCUGAAGUCUGACGUCAACAUGAGGGCUGCAAUUGCUCCAAGUGUUUCCAUGCACACCUACGCAGUUAUGGGUGUGAAUACUGCUCUUAUCCAAGCCACCCUGGUGUCAAGAGCCAGAGUUCACACAAUUGUUCCUGCAAAGAUUGAGGCAAGAAUUGACAUGAUCAAGGGCAACUUCAAGCUUCAGUUGCUGCCUGUCCAGGGCAUCGAUAAGAUCGCAUCUGCAAUUGUUGAGACUUAUGCUGUUGCAAGAAAUGUGGAAGACCUCACAGCUGCCAAGAUCACACCAAUGAUUCCUGCUCAAGCCACACUACAGAUGUCAAGGGAGGCCUCUUCAAGGAUGUCAUCCUCAAUGGCUGAUGACGUUGUGAUGAUCUUUGUUUUACAGUCAGUAUCAUCUGAACUCAUUUCUCAACUGCCAAGAAAGAUUGUCAACAAACUGAAAUUCCCCAAGGGCUUUGACAAGAAAAUGUGUGCUGCAUUUGAAACCUUUGGAAUAAAGGCUUGCACUGAGAUUGAAUCCCGUAAUGCUGCCUUCAUCAAGGACUGUCCACUCUAUGCCAUCAUUGGAAAACAUGCUGUCUUGGUUGAGGUUGCUCCAGCUGCUGGACCAGUCAUCGAGAAGAUUGAAAUCGAGAUUCAGCUUGGAGACAAAGCGGCAGAAAAGAUCAUCAAAGUGAUUAAUCUGAGCGAGGAAGAGGAGAUUCUAGAGGACAAAAACAUCCUGAUGAAGCUCAGGAAAAUCUUGGUUCCUGGUCUGAAGAACAGCUCAGCUUCCUCCAGCUCCAGCAGCUCUCGUUCAAGCUCCUCCUCGUCUGUAUCAUCCCACCGCUCCAGCAGCUCCUCCAGCGAGCGUUCAAGCAGCUCCUCCAGCUCCUCUUCAAGCAGCCGUUCAUCUGCUCAGUCCAGCAGCAAGUCCAUGUCCAAGCAAAAGCUGCAUGACAUGAAGUUUACCAAGAACCACAUCCACCAGCAUGCCGUCUCCACAGCUCGUGCAAACAGCAAGAGCAGUGCCUACAGCUCAGAAGCUAUUUACAAUAAGGCAAAGUACCUGGCUAACACUGUUGCUCCUGCUGUGACUGUUCUCAUCCGUGCCGUGAGAGCCGACCACAAGGUUCAGGGAUACCAGAUUGCUGCCUACUUUGACAAAGCCACUGCCAGACUGCAGGUUAUCUUUGCCAACCUGGCUGAGAAUGACCACUUCAGAAUCUGUGCUGAUGGUGUGAUGCUAAGCAGCCACAAGCUGAUGGCCAAGAUCGCUUGGGGCACUGAAUGCAAGCAGUACGAGACUGAGAUCACAGCUGAAACUGGUCUUGUGGGUAAACAGCCUGCUUUCCGCCUGAAGCUGACCUGGGAAAAACUUCCAAAGAACAUGCAGCGCUAUGCAAAGGACCUCUCUGAGUACAUUGCCCGUAUUGCUCGCGAAGCCGGAGUCAGCCUGGCAAAGGUCAAGAAUGUUCGUAACCAGCUCAGACUGACUGUGGCUGUUGCAUCUGAAACCAGUCUGAAUGUUAUUCUGAAGACACCAAAGAAGACAAUUUACAAGCUUGGAGUGGGUAUCCCCGUUUCUCUGCCAAUGGGGGAAACUGCAGUUGAGUUGGAACCAUACCAGGAUAACUGGACUGAUAAGAUCAUCUACAUGCUCACCAAGGCUCAUUCGGCUGAGUGCACCAUGACCAAGGACACAGUGAUCACAUUUAACAACAGGAAAUACAAGAACGAGAUGCCUCACUCUUGUUACCAGGUCUUGGCUCAGGAUUGCACCCCAGAACUCAAAUUCAUAGUUCUGCUGAAGAGGGACCAAAAUCAGGAACAAAACCAGAUCAAUGUGAAGAUUGCAAACAUUGAUGUUGACAUGUAUCCAAAGGACGACGCCAUUGUGGUGAAGGUUAACGGAGUAGAAAUCCCCAUCAACAACCUGCCUUAUCAGCAUCCCGAAGGCACUAUUCAGAUCAGGCAGAAAGAAGAGGGUAUCGCUCUCCAUGCUCCCAACCAUGGUCUUCAGGAGGUCUUCCUCAAUGUGAACUCACUGAAGGUCAAAGUUGUGGACUGGAUGAGAGGCCAGACUUGUGGACUCUGUGGAAAGGCUGACGGGGAAAUCAGACAAGAGUACCGCACACCCAAUGAGCGCAUGUCAAAGAAUGCAGCCAGUUAUGCUCAUUCCUGGGUUCUGCCUGGAAAGAGCUGCCGUGAUGCCUCUGAGUGCUACAUGAAGCUUGCAUCUGUGAAGCUGGAGAAGCAGAUGAUCCUGCACGGUGAGGAGUCCAAGUGCUACUCUGUGGAGCCUGUGCUGCGCUGUCUGCCUGGCUGUAUGCCAGUGAGAACCACCACUGUCACUGUUGGCUUCCACUGCCUGCCUGCUGAUUCUAACAUGAACACCCCUGAGAGUCUGAGAAGUAUCUACCAGAAGAGCACUGACAUACAGGAAGAGGCAGAGGCUCACCUGGCCUGUCGUUGCAACGCUCAAUGCGUUUAAUCCAAACACCUUCAGGAACAAAAUGUGUUUUUUUCUGUUUUCUGCAAGUAUUAUCGGACUGUAUCAUA